CUCUCCUUCUUCUGUUUCUCAGAUCCAGUAACACCUUUUUCCCUACUUCUAAAAGUUGCUAAGGUUUCUCUUGAUUUGGACACACUGCUGGAAGCAACUUCUGUGGGCAAGAAUGGGCUGCCGGGAUGUUCAUGCAGCAACAGUACUGGCCUUCCUCAGUGGAACAGCCUCAGUAGCUGGACUCCUCGCAGCAGUUCUGCUUCCAAACUGGAGGCAAAUGAGACUGUACACGUUCAACAAGAACGAGAGGAAUGUGACCGUUUACACUGGACUCUGGAUUAAGUGCGCUCGCUUUGAUGGGAGCAGAGACUGUGUGAUAUAUGACCCACAGUGGUACACGGCUGUCGAUCAGCUGGAUUUGCGUGUUCUUCAGUUUGCCCUUCCACUGAGUAUGUUAACUGCUGUCUCAGCUCUGUUUCUCUGCUUGAUUGGCAUGUGUAACACAGCCUUUGUAUCCAGUGUGCCGAACGUCAAAUUGGCCAAAUGCCUUGUAAACAGUGCAGGCUGCCAUCUUGUGGCUGGCCUCUUGUUCCUGCUUGCGUGUGCCAUUUGUCUCACUCCGUCAGUCUGGGUCAUUUUUUAUAACAAUUAUCUGAACAGAAAAUACGAGCCUGUCUUUAGCUUUGACAUCUCCGUAUUUAUUGCCAUUGCCAGUGCUGGUGGUCUGUUUUUCACUUCCGUUCUGCUCUUUCUGUGGUACUGCGCAUGCAAAAACCUACCUUCUCCUUUCUGGCAGCCCCUUUAUUCCCAUGCCCCGAGCAUGCACAGCUAUGCCUCUCAGCCAUAUUCUGCACGCUCUCGCCUCUCUGCCAUUGAAAUUGACAUUCCUGUUGUGACACAUGCAUCUUAAGACGACAAAGUCUUGGAAGCCAAGUUCUUGUGCUCAUUCAAACCGUGAAAAUCGCAGGCUUGAUUCUCUUGCACUGAGCAUAAUCGUUUGUAAGGUCAAGUUUCCCAAGGUGCAAAGCAAUGGAGACCUGAGUUCAGCAAGCCUGUUGCUGUUCUCGUGUUUUACCUCCUGAUUAACCUUUUUUUUUUUUUUUUUUUUUUUUUUUUUUAACUCUGCGCUCACUACAGACAAAACUGCUGCUAAUGCUGGGACAGUACACUAGCAAUAGUAUCCACUCAUCCUCUGCUUACUGAGAUCAAAGCAGGUGUGAAACUCUUUGCUGUUUGGUAAACUAUGAUUAGAUUCUGAUCCCCUUGUAGGAGCUACGUAGGUGGACCCUUGCACCCAUCCCAUGAGUUACCCAAAUGCAGGCAGUGGAACUGGGUGCAGGGGGUUUGCCGAGUUUCUCGUUCGCCUAGACACACGCGUUUUAAGAUGUGAUGUCUGGAAAGGGUAUUUGGCAGACUAAUUCAGUUCUGUAGCACUGUUCUUUGUUUUCCACUGCACGCACAAAAAGCUACCUGCUUACAAACUUCUGUAAUAGAAUUAGUGUCAAAUUACCCUUUAUUUUCAAAGUAGCUAUCAGAAGAAAUAAAACUAAUUUAACUAAUAAUGUUCUUCUGUACUGUAAUAGCGUUCUGUGAAUUACUGGAGGCUAGAAACACUUUUGUGGAUUUUAUUUCUAGUCUGUUUUUUAAUAAGUUAGCAAAUUCACUAGAUCUAUUUUGUGAUUAAAACAAAAAAAACCACUUGUAUUUAAAAAUUCUGUUUAGAAGCUUGCAUAUUUUAUUUGAAGGCCAUCUCAAAGAUGGAUUUUCAAGUAGGCUUUAAAGUAUUAUUCAGAAAUGUCACUCACUGCCAAAUGGAUUAGGAAAACCAUGAAGAAUUCUGAAGGCUAUGAAAGAUUCUUUUGGAACACUGUACACAAGCUAUAACAACAUCUCUCUAGGAAGGGGAUUAUAGCCCUGGGGAGAGAUAUUUAAAUCUAGAUUAUUUUUUUUUUUAAUGUAUAUUCAAG